AUGACAUCUCCAUUCGACUUGUUUGUUGGUGUUAGUGUUGAAAAUAGUGGUGGUAGUGGUGAUACUGUAAAUGGAAAUAAUACCACAAAUCUUAGCAUUGAAAAUAGUGGUGGUAGUGGUAGUGGUGAUUCUUUAUCAUCUUCCUCACCACCAAGUCUACCUUUACCCACAUUCUACGAUGAUAAACAACAACAACAACAACAACCAACACAACUACAGAAUAGUGGUAAUUCUACACAAUCGAAUGUUUUUCAAGCAUUAGACGAAUCAGAUAUGCAAUAUCUAUUAAACUCUGCAACUUCACCAUCAUCUGACAACAAUAACAACAUCAAUAACAACAACAACAACAUUAACAAUAGCAAUAACAAUAACAAUUCUAACAAUAAGAAUGAAACACUAUCUUCUUCAUCUUCUUCAGUCUCUGCUUCACCUUUUAUCAGUUUCAUCGAACAACAACAACAAAGUAUGGGUAGCUUAACCGAUCAAUUCACAAACAGUCCAUCACCACCACAACCAACUAUACCUUCACCAACAUUACCGUCACUCGAUGAUUGUAGUACAACUACGACCACUACUACAACCACAACCAACGCAACAACAACAUCUACUUUAAAUGAUAGUGAAAUAGAUCAAUUGAAUAAUAACAUUGCAAUGGGUCUCAAUGAGAAUUCGCUAUCGGUGGAGACUCACCACGCCAUUGUAUCGGGUGGCAAUCUCUCGAAUUCCGACGCACUGAAAGCGUCGCCCUAUAUCUUCCACUGCACACCGACCUACUACGCCGCCAAGAAGAAUCAAAAGAUCGGAAUAUUUAUGUAUCACCGCGACGAAGCGAAUCGCGUCUGUCAGAAUCAUCCGCCACUCCGAUUGAAGCUGGAAUCGGUCGCACCUCACUGGGUACCAAGUAGUUUCACGCGUAAAGAUAACCGUAAGAACAUCGAGGAGAUCGCACCCAAUCAAUUUGAAACACUCGAAUCCACCAUGAAGAAAGGUGAGGUGCUGUUCGGAUCGAUUCGUAUCCAAAAGACCGGAUUCUAUUACCUGCGCUGCUCUGUCAUUCUUCCACCGGCACCGAACGACGAAGAGCUGAAAUUCAAAGAUUUCCACUUCACCAUUAGAAUCUACUUUUACGGUAGUCCAUCAAAGAAGAAGUUGGCAUCGCAAUCGAAACAAGACGGACAACUACCUGCAACUGCAUCGUCUGCAACCACCGACAUCAACCAAACAACAACAACAUCAUCAUCAUCGAACCAACAAGAUGCUAACGAAGCAUCUGAUUCAACUAAAACAACAAAGAAAUCUAUAAAUAUUAGACCAAAUGAGAAUUUGUUGAAUUAUAUUUCACAUCUUCAAGAGACAGGUGCUAAAUGGGUAGAGUUGGAUAAUGUAUUCGAUCUUUACUUGAGAAAGUAUGAAAAGAAUCCAGAGAUUCUAUCUGAUCUAAUGAUAGAACAGAGUAUUGGAUCUACUUUUAUUGGUGAGCUAUCUACAGCUCAUAAACAAAUGGAUAAAGGUUUAGAUGUAUUCUAUUCACCAGAGAAUCUAUUUAAAGUUAGUUAUUUGAAAUCAGCGAUCUAUAGAAUACAAAAGAAUUAUACUGCAUCAAAGUUACAUUUAGAUACAUGUGAUUUCUUGUCUUCAAAGAUUGACUUGACAUCCUUACAGAGGGCGCAGUAUUAUUUUAAUAAAGCUGCUCAUGAUUAUGAUUGUUUAAUUCUACAAAAAACUAAACAGAAUAACUAUACUCAAGUUAGAGAGCAAAUCGUUGAAAAGUUAAAGUUGGCAGCAGACCACUAUGCCAAAGACUAUGAAAGUAUCUCACCAAACUCAACUACCAACGCUAGAAGUAUCAACGGUACCUACAGAUCAAACAUCAGAAUUGCUCAGACCCUGUUAUGCUCAGAGAGUCCAUCUCAAUCCGAUUUAGAAAGAGCUGAAACUUUCUUAUCAAAGUAA